GCACACUUUUUUGAAUGCCUCUUUUUCCAAAUAUUUUGCCGUCGUCUUCAAUGUUUCCAGUUACUCCCACAAACAGUCACUAAUCACUCUUCUCUCUCUCUCCUAAACCUCCUUCUCUCUCAACCCAUUACCUAUUUCGGCAAAAUAUAGAUUCUCCACAUUUUGCUGCAGCUUUGAAUUUGAUGGGUGUUUGAUUAUAUGGAAAAAAGGUGUAAUCUUUGUGGCACAUUCUUGAAAUGGAAAGUAGGAAGAACGCAGAAACCCUAAAAGAUGGUUUCUUGGAGUCGAAAUUGAGUCAGAAUGAAAUCUUUUCUAAUGAAGUCCGUGAAGAUGGGAGCCUUGUUGGUUGCUUAAGUGAUUUAAAUGAGAAGUGUGUGCCUGAUGCUUGUAGUAGUAGAAAUGAAUUAAGCAAUGUUGAGUUAGCAAGACUAUUUGGUGAUGGGAGUGUUGAUGUAUCUAUGGUUGAUGGUGUUGCUGGAUACGAUAGGAUGAAAGAAGGGUCCGUGUACGGUUAUCCCGAUGAAAAGCUGAUGGCCUCAUUGCAGGCCAAUGAUGUGUACGAUAAUGAUUUUCCGGUGUUCAAAGAGGAGUUGUCAUUUAAUGGGAAUGGUGGCGAUCAGAGUGCCAAGGUUAAGGAAUCUGUGGGGAAAUUUGGGGACACUUUACUUUGUGAUGAACCUUUUCAUGAUGGGGAGAUUGAGGCGCCCAUGGAGAAGUGUGAUGAUGUGUUGCACCCUCAUGAACCCGGUUCGCCAACAAAGAUAGAAGUUUCUGGAAAUAGCAUUAAUUUGUUUGUGGAAGUUUUUGGUCCCUUGGAUGGAAUUUCUGAUGAUGAUUGGGAUGACCCCGUGGAAUGCAAGUCUGGAGAGAGCGACAUCAAGCAAGAUUUCUCGCCCGAAGAAAAUUGCACCCUCUCUACUGGUGAUACAGAUUUGAGCUCCAAGUAUGAAGGGGAAGAAGACAUUAUUGGUGAACAAGAACACACGUUUGAUAAUGGUGAUCUAGUAUGGCUUAAAACCCGAUCCAAGUCAUGGUGGCCAGGUAUGGUAUGUUAUCCUUCCACUGCUCCGAAUGAUAUGGCAAAGUGUGAAAAAAAGGGCAGCUGCCUUGUUAAAUACUACGGCACUUCAAGUUUUGUUUGGUGUGACAAUGCAGACUUAAGGCCUUUUGUUGAGUACUUCGAACGGAUAUCGGUGCAAAAUAACUCCAGAAACUUUUUUAGUUCAGUUGAGAAGGCUAUAUGUGAGAUUGGGUUGCGUGUACAGUUGAACAUGACUUGCCCAUGCUUUUCAAAGGAUAGUCAACCGCUUGAUUCCAAGUGGUCCUUGAGAAAUGAAGAAGAAAAUUUUAUGUCAUUGGAGAAAUCAUGCAAGUUUGAUGUUGUGUCGUUAUCUCAGUUCCAGCCUCCAACAUUUGUUGCAGAGAUCAGGGAUCUCGCACGAUCUAUGCAUGUACCUGGUAAAAUUGAGUUGAUGGUCAUGAAGAAUCGUUUGUCACCAUUCUAUCGUUCCAUUGGCCAUUUUGAGUUGCCUCUGCACCUGCUCAGGUCAGACGUGAGAGAUGAAAACCAUACGAAUACGUCUGGAGAUUGUAAAAACUCUGUGGAAACCCACUAUGGCAAUCUUACUAGAACCAGGAAGUAUAGGAAGAGGAAGAAUCCUGAUGAUAAAUUGACAUCCUCAGCUAAAGGCAUGGAAUCACGGGAAAGGAAGAAGAGCAGAUAUUUAUCUUAUCCUUACGUGGAUGUGAUCAAGGGACGGGAAAAAGAGGAUCUGGCGCAAAGUUCCGGUCUAGAGGGUGGUUGCAGUGGCAUGGAUUCACGGAAAAGAGGUACAAAGAAACCUUCUAAGGAACGUCAUAUAGUCAGCAAAGCAGAUGACAUUGGUGCUUGUUCAGCCGAAUUGCUGGCUGAACUCUCUUUUUCAGCUCGUGAUUGUUCUUAUAUCAGCAGAAGUAAGUAUUCUGAUUCUCUAAAGAGAUUCUAUUGUAGUUUCAGAACAUUUACAUUUCUAGAUGCUGAUAUUACCUCCAAGGUUGAUGCUGAAGCUGACCAGCAGAUGGAAGGAAGUAAAGUGUUGAAAAAAGGAAAAAAACAGAGAGUGGACGCUGCAUCCGCCAAAGAGAGUGUAGAGAAUGCCGUAGAUGGUAAUCAGAAAGUGAAAGAAAAUGUUGUUCGAAAGAGGGGUAGGAAAAAGAAGGAACAAGUGACAGAUUCUGUAGAACAGAUGGAAGGCAUUCGGGUUGGGAAAGAAUCUGAGAACCAAGAAGCGAACCUUGCACCAGGCAGUCUAGAAAAUGCCGACAAAUUCCCAAAAACAGAAAGUCUGCUAGCAAAAGAGAGUGGCGUGUAUAUGGAGACUAACAAAGAGAAAGAAAAAAUCAUACCAGCAGGCUUGGAGUCUGUACAAAAUCCUCUCCCAAAUAUUUACCCGAGAAAUCCUCUCCCAAACAUUUACCCAAAAAGCUCGUGGAUGAUUAGCUUCCAGCAGGCUUGCUCGAGUCUAUUCAAAGCCUGCAAAACUCCCCAGAAGAGUGUUGGAUCAACUCCUGGGCUAACUGAUACAAACUCGAUUCCUGUAUUGCCAGAUUUGAAUGGAAACCAUCCAAGCUUUCCCGUUGAUCACGUACCGGUUGGAGGGGUUGGAAGGCCUACUAUGAGUCUAGUUAAUCCUUUACCAGAACAGAAGAAGGAAGGGUUAGUCUCUCCUACCAUAAAUGGUCUUCACCCUUUACCAGAACUGAAGAAGGAAGGGUUAGACUCUCCUACCAUAAAUUGUCUUCACCACAUAAACUUCGCCCCCGUUUCAUCAUCCAAGGACGUGCCACCGACCUUCCAAAACACUCCGCUACCAAAUAAUGGGGUGACUGGCAUUCAUCAAUGUCUAAAUGGGGAAUUUACAGCCCGAGCACCGGAACCUGUUACAAUGAGCUCAUUUAUUCAGCACUCACUUCAGAUGGGAAGCUUUCUUUCUGCUGGUAAGCCCGAAGGUAGGAAACGAAAGAGAAAGGAUAAGACUACUAGUCAGGUAGCUUCAAGUAUUCCGGAUUUGAAUGGUAACGUGUUAGAUACGAACCCCUUGGGAACGGUCACGUGCGAGGGGGGUCAUAUCCCGCCUGAAGGCGAACCUCAGAAAAAGAAGCGAAAUAAAUACGACAGUGGUGAAUCGGGUGGCGGCAGUGUCCUUCUGAACUUUGCCCCGGGAAGCGCACCUUCCAAAGAAUCGUUGGUAGCCACAUUUUGCAGAUUUGGAUUGUUGAAGGAAUCUGAGCUCGAGUCUUCAAGUGAUGAUAGUGUCAAGAUUGUAUACGAGAGAAGCUCCGAUGCUAGAUUUGCAUUUCGAAGUUUGGAGAAAAGCCACACAUUUGGAGAGUCACUCCUCAAUUUCAGUCUGGACAGCUGCAUGCCAGAGCCCCCAAAGAUGAAGAAGAAAACUAAUCUGCAGCUGCAAACCUUUGUGCCCAUGGCUGUGGGCGCAUGCAAGAACCGAACCAAGGUUGGGGAGGCGCCUGCACCUGAUAUCUCGUUUAUCAAGCAGAACGUGGAGAUGAUGAAGGCGACUUUGGAGAAAGCAGGCGACAGUCUCGCUCCAGAGACGAGAGCCAAGCUGGAGAAGGAGAUCAAAGCUUUUCUGGACAAAAUCAGCUCUGUGGCAGGCUCCUCUUAGUGGGAGUGAAAAGGAUCGCCUUCUUCUUCGAGACGGUCCAAGUAUGUCGCCGGUGGAGAAGGUGGCUGAGAUUUUGGGAUGUGAGAGAAAGGUUGUAUGAGUUUUUGGGGAAGACGUUCAAGUUAUUGAUGCCAUUGUUAGACAAGAAAAUCAUUGUAACGGUUUAUUUAGAAAAAUAAUUAAUUAGUAUGGUACAAAUAACGCCAUUUUAUGUUAUGUCGGUUAUAAAAAAAAUUUAA